AUGGAGUUAAACACAACUACUACAAAUCUAGAGGAUGACACAAUAAAAACACUCUACAAUGCAUCCUUAAACGAAUUUUGUGAAAUUCUUCUAAGAAACAAACCAAGUUUCACCAAUGAAGUGGACUCAAAAGGACGUUGCCCUCUUCAUCUAGCUUCAGCUGAAGGACACACUGAAGUAGUGAAAGCUCUUUUGUUAGCAAACCAAGAUGUUUGUUUGGUUUUUGACAAAGAUGGCAUGAUUCCUUUGCACUUAGCUGCGAAAAGAGGACGGGUAGGAGUAAUUAAGGAAUUGAUUAAUGCUAGACCGGAUUCGGUUUGGGAUGAUGAUGGUUCUGUUCUGCACUUGUGUGUUUGGUAUAACAAUUUGGAGGCAUUGAAGUUCAUACUACAAUCAGGUAGAGGAGACCAAGAGCUGUUGCUUGCCAAAAACAAAGAGGGGAAUACAAUUCUGCACUUAGCAGUUAUGCUCAAACAAAUUAAGAACAUAAAAUACUUACUUUUGCAGCCUGAAAUAAGAACAGCAAUUGCUUUGAACAGGUUAAGUUUCACAACUUUUGAGCUGUUAGAACCCUCCUCAAGAGAUUUCAUAAGCCUUAAAAUUGAAGAGAUGUUAAUUGAAGCCGGGGUUAUAAUAUCUGAGCCGCAACAUGCACCAUCACCAAACAUAGCUAGUCAAGAGCAACAGAAUCAAUCUAAUCAAGAACAUCCAAAUGAAAGAAGGAAAAUGUGGGAAAACUUGUGGUACAAGUAUCUACAAUUCCAAGGUAAUUGGAUAGAAGAAACAAGGGUAACAUUGAUGUUGGUGGCUACUGUAAUUGCCACAAUGACUUUUCAAUCAACAAUAAGUCCACCAGGUGGUAUUUGGCAAGAAAGUACACAUACUGGUGGACUUAACUGCACUACUUAUGGUAUAUGUGAAGCAGGCACUGCAGUUUUAGCUUAUGCUUGGCCACAUGAAUUCAUUAAGUUUAUGACAUACAACACCACUUCUUGUUAG